GCAACAUGUUAACUUUUUUAAGGUCAAUCCGCGAUAAUCGCCUUAACACUCUAUUAACAUAGCUCUUGUGUAUUUGUGUAACUCGUACAGUCUUGUGAACUCACUUUCAUUAACUUAUUAUAAGUGAAGGAAUCCUUGUAUUUUCCGUUAUUUGUAUCGAUCAUUAAAUUGAUAACCAAAUAAUCACCGUUGGAAUAAUAAUUAUACGACCAGAAUAUGUGAAAGAACUCAUUUAUUAACCAACUGCAAAAACAUUAAGUCUUUUGUAAAAAACCAAAGACUCGAACAACAAGUAUGGAAACGUAUCAAUUUAUUUUCUUCAAAAGUUGAUGUGACGUUUUGAUAAAGGUAACGUUGACGUCAUGGCGAAUAUAACUGAAAACAGCAGCGAUGACCCUUGGUACAAGGAUCUGACGAACCCGGAACUUGGUGUGGUCGACGGUGUGUCCAAUGCAGCGUUCUUCGGCGGUAUCCUAGGUGGGCUCCUGGCGAUCGUCGCUAUUGGGGGACUGAUUUACCAUUGUAAACGGAAGAAAGAGUUAGAGAAGCAGGUGCGCGAAAACGAGGAGAAAGAGCGAGCGCGCGCAAAUAACAAGGUGGCGCCCACCGGGGACAUCUACGACGAAAUGGAGGAGGAAAUAGCGCGCCACGAAGAACAAAAGAAGAAGUUGUCGAAAUACCUGGCGUUCCUCACGCAGAAAGAUGGUCGCGGGCUUCACGAGGUUAAUCAGAAGCGUCAGGCGGCGCAGCAGGCGAGGAAGAACAAGGGCUGGUUCUGAUACUGUGCCUCCGCGACUACAAAUUAUCUCGAUUUCAAACGUUAUUUCAACUUAAAAUUGAUUGUAUACCAAUAAUAAUCUUUGAUACAUUUAAGACCAAUGAGAAUGAUUGUUACAAAUUAGACCAAUUAAAAUGGUUGUUGCAUUUUAGACCAAUAAGAAUGAUUGUUUUAUUUGUUACCAAUGAAAGUGUUUGGUACAUUUAAGCUUUGAUUUCGAUUUCGAUGUUAUGACUAAGAUUGAAUUAAAAAUGUUUUUAGUUUACGAAGUCUUAAUUUGAAGAAACAUUUAGAUCAUACCGAGUAAUUGUUACAUUUGAAAUGUGUACUUGAUUGAUUGAUCAAGACUUUUGAAGGUUUAUCUUGAUUGGGUCUGGUCCCACAUUUAUAGCGAUUCCUAUGCCAUUCUUAACUUAAGUAGCAGAAUUUAAGAUCAAACUUAUAAUUUGAAGCACCAUACUGUUGAACCGAUACAAUGCAUAUUCUAAAUAAUUAUUAAGUAUAAUUAUAUUGCAACUUGUAUGUCAAUAUUUCUUUGUUGUUGUUGAGAAAACCCAAUAAACAUGGUCUAUUUUGAAAAUAGUUUGCCGGUUUUCUUUUUAAAUACCGCGACUAUGAUCAUUUAUGACCUCAAUUUUAAUUUUGAUUUUCAUAUUUUAGCCAAUAUGUGACACACAUUCUCAUUGGUCAUGGUUGUUAGUUGAUAUUGAAAAUCAUUAUCCAUUGUUCAGAAUUUUUUGUUAAGAUUAAGAGAUCGAAAACUUUGUUGGCGGGUUUCAUACACAAUCGAAACAUUGACGCUCGAGGGCAUGCUAAAAUGUUUUGUGUUGCUUUACUUUUCAUUUGCUUUAAAUCGUCUGUAUUCUUGUGAAAAAAAUGUUUCAACAAAAUAAAAUGAAUAAUGAG